AUGGACAAGUACGAGAAGCUGGAGAAGGUCGGGGAGGGCACCUACGGCAAGGUGUACAAGGCGCGGGUGGCGGCGACGGGGCAGCUGGUGGCGCUCAAGAAGACCCGCCUCGAGAUGGACGAGGAGGGGAUCCCGCCCACGGCGCUGCGCGAGAUCUCCCUCCUCCGCCUCCUCUCCGCCUCCCUCUACGUCGUCCGCCUCCUCUCCGUCGAGCAGGUCACCAAGCCCUGCGGCAAGACCGUCCUCUACCUCGUCUUCGAGUUCCUCGACACCGACCUCAAGAAGUUCGUCGACGGCUUCCGCAAGGGGCCCUCGCCCAGGCCGCUCCCCACGCAGAGUUUCUUAUACCAGUUGUGCAAAGGAACUGCACAUUGCCAUGGCCAUGGUGUGCUUCACCGGGAUUUAAAGCCACAAAACUUGUUGAUCGACAAGGAGAAAGGGGUACUGAAAAUUGCCGAUCUUGGGCUAAGCAGAGCUUUUACUGUUCCCAUGAAAAGUUACACCCAUGAGAUUGUGACACUCUGGUAUAGAGCUCCUGAAGUUUUACUUGGAGCCACACAUUACUCAACUGGUGUUGACAUUUGGUCCAUCGGUUGCAUCUUUGCUGAAAUGGUCAGAAGACAAGCUCUUUUUCCUGGCGACUCCGAGUUGCAACAGCUGCUUCACAUUUUCAGGUUGUUGGGGACUCCUAAUGAAGAGCAGUGGCCUGGAGUAUGUGCUCUGAGAGACUGGCAUGACUAUCCACAGUGGAAGCCACAACAUUUGUCACGUGCAGUUCCAACAAUGGAGCCUGAAGGACUUGACCUGUUAUCGAAAAUGCUUCAGUUUGAUCCAGCGAACAGGAUCUCAGCUAAAGCGGCAAUGGACCAUCCCUACUUCGACAGCCUCGACAAGUCCCAGUUCUAG